UUUUCCUGGCAAAGUUUGACGAAGCAGCGGCAAUCCUGUGUGAGAGAGUUUUGAAUAGCGUACAGCAUACAGUAAAAUGCCAGCRUUAACGUCACAGCUGAGUGUUUUUGUAGCCUUUUGAAACGGAUUAUGGGAGCAAAACUGGAAGUGCUUACUGGAAGUGUCUACAGGAAAUGAACGAGUAAUUUUAAGUGUGUGUCCUCUGACAUGAUGGCAGAGCUCCCGUCUGGGCUGCUGGAGGCCUGUGUAGUGGUGGGGGCUUCCAGUGAUAAACUUCGAGAUGUACAACAAAACAAGACAAAUGAGCUCCCCCUGCUGGACGCUGAAGUACUGCAGGUCUACGCUCCGCCCUUCGUUUACAAGGAGACCAACUCCAGCCACGUCAUUGGUCCAGCGUUCAGCCGCGUUCAGAAAAGGAGGAGCUUCAUCAAAAAGAAGAAGCGAGAUCGGGCCGCACCGUCGCUGCAUAACGUAGAACCAAACAGUCGUGAUGAAGCGUCAUCGGCUACGGAGGACAUCAGCGUUCCAAAAGAUCUGGACCUCAUUGCUUUGCCACAACUCUGUUGUCCUGAUGGUCUUCAGGUAGCCAAUGAGCACAAAGAGGAUUCUUAUCACUUCCUGGUUUUUACUGACCUCUUUGGCAAUCGAACMCAUGGAGUUGUUGUGCAGUACUACAGAGCUGUUCAGUCCUCUCUGGAAGGUGCUGUCCAAAACGGCCAUCGGUGGAAUUCAUCGAAGUCUCGUCUCUUUGUUCCCUUUUCUGUGUGCAUCAUUUCCAAGUUCCCCUAUUACAACGCCCUGAAAGACUGUCUGUCAUGUCUGCUGGUCCAGUUACGAACUGCAAGACAAGAUGACUUUGAGGAAACGAUCAAAGAGUUUUCAGCCAAGUUGUCUCUCAUUCCUUUACCACCUCCUGGACAGCUUCACGUGUCCUUCAGUCUUCGUCCUCUUCAAGUGGUUCUCCCAUCCAGAGAAGAGCAGGACAGUCCCAUUAUUGACAUCAACCUUCAUCUCCCACUCCUCUGUUUCACUCCCACCACGCUGCUCCAGGUGCUCUCCUGCCUCCUCCAAGAACAGAGAAUUGUCUUAUUCUCGUCUGACUGGGCCAGACUCACUCUGGUUGCAGAGUCUCUGCUGYUUUAUCUGCAGCCGCUAUCCUGGCAGCAGCCGUAUGUUCCGGUCUUGGCRAGAGGAAUGCUGGACUUCCUCAUGGCUCCCACCGCCUUCCUAAUGGGUUGCCACAUAAAUCAUUAUGAAGAAGUUGCUGAUGGUUGAAGUUCCCGCAGAAACCUGUGAAGGUUUUYCGUCUCCCAGACUUCCCCCCGCCUCUGGCCUAUCAGUAUGUCCAGAAUUAUUACAAUGAUAUGGUUUCUUCGCUGAAGAAGGCUAUUGAUGCUACAUCACCUAAUGAGUCUGCUCUGUUGGCCAGAUACCAUUACCUGCGUGGUUUGGUGAACACUGUGUCCAACAAGCGUCUUGACGCCUUGGAGGAUUUCCAGAGUCUUUACAAGACCGACGCAGAGAUCUUCCCUUCUCAGAUGGUCAAGUCUUUGGUCGACUCCCUGCCUAGUGUUGAACGUUUACAGGCGGACAAACGAGCAGAGAUCAAAAGCCUCAUCAGUCGAGUUAAGAGAGAGCAGGAGCGUGAGCGUGCAGUCAAGAGCAGCAAGCUUGAAGAAGGUGCCAUAAAGCGCUUCCAGCUGCCGAAAACAUACAUGCAUUUAGAGGAGUUUGUGAAAUGUGUCCAGGAGUCUGGGAUUGUAAAAGACCAAGGAACCAUUCAUAGACUGUUUGAUGCUCUCACUGUUGGCCAUCAGAAGCAGGUUGGUCCAGAUUUAUUCCGAGUGUUUUACACCAUUUGGAAAGAGACGGAGGCCGAGGCUCAGGAGGUCAGUCUGCCAGCUUUGGUGCUGGAGAACAUCGAUGCAAGCGAGUGCGUCUUUAAGCUUUCCUCUUCAGUGAAAACCAGCCGUGGCGUGGGGAAGAUCGCCAUGACGCAACGGCGGCUUUUCCUGCUGACAGACGGGAGACCGGGAUACGUAGAGGUGGCACAUUACCGAGAUUUAGAGGAGGUGAAGGUAUCGUCUGCUCCUUUGCUGCUUCUGCGAAUUCCCAGCUUGAAGCUUCGCGUUCGAGGCAGAAAGGAGGCGUUCGAGGCAAACUUGAAAACGGAGACUGAGCUCUGGCACCUGAUGGUCAAAGAAAUGUGGGCUGGCCGAAUCAUCGCAGACCAGCACAAGGAUCCGCAGUACAUGCAGCAGGCUCUGACCAACGCCUUGCUCAUGGAUGCGGUYGUGGGCUGCCUUCAGAGCAGUAAGGCCAUCUAUGCUGCUUCAAAGCUGGCUCAGUUUGACCGCAUCAAGAUGGAAGUUCCGAUGAUGAUUCCCAAAACAACUGCAGAGACGCUGAAGCAUAAAAUAAAUCUUUCUGUGGAACUGGCUGCACCUCAGGCUGUGGAUGCCCUUUUGUACACACCAGGUCAGUUAUGGGUGUCUGUGAGCGGAGGAAAGGUGAUGGUGUUUGAUGCCUCCAGCUGGUCCCUCAUAAACACCUGUCAAGUUGGGAAUGCACGAGUGAACUGCAUCCUGGGAGUUGACAAGGACCAGGUCUGGAUUGGCUCUGAGGACUGCGUCAUUUACAUCAUCAGCGUGUUGUCCAUGAUCUGCAACAGACAGCUGACAGAGCACAGGGCAGAGGUCACCGGACUCGCCCUCGACACCGACAAGUACAGCCAAAAGGUGGCGUUCUCCUGCAGUGCUGAGGGAACCGUUAUGGUUUGGGACGUCUCGACUCUACAGGCUAAAAGGCACUUUCGACUCUCCUGCGAUCGUCUGCURUCUGUCUACAGCUGCAGCCGGAUGCUCUGGUGCUGCGCAAGGGAUGGURUAAUGGAGGUGUGGAGGAAUGGGACUUUAAAACAUCGCAUAAACUUUCCAGAGCAGCAAAGAGCCACUUUAAGCUCUGCACUGCUCUUACCUGAGCAAGAGGAGCUGUGGUGUGUGUUUUCAGACACCACAGAAGUGUGUAUAUGGCACACCAAAGACACUGCAAAGCCCUUCCACCGCAUGGUGCUUCCAGACUGCACUGGKUGUUACUGCAUGAUUAAAGUGAAAAAACAGGUGUGGAUCGGUGGUCUGAGCCUCAGUUCGACUAAAGGGAAGGUUUACAUCGUGGACGCCGAGCGCUACGAGAUCCUGAAGGAGCUCCAAGGUCACGGCGAUAGGGUCACGGCGCUCUGCUCGGCUGAGGACCGGUACGUUCUCAGUGGAGCYGGCAAACAGGACGGAAAGAUCGCCAUCUGGAAGGUGGAGUAGAGCCAACUGGAACCAAAGGGAUUUAGUUCUCAGCACCUCUGCACUGCUAAAAGAACUCCUUCUGAGCUUAAAGACCUUGGAAAGUUUAAAUAAAACAAAGGGAAGAUUUCCGUUGAUUUCACAUUUAUAUGAAGGACUAACACAUUCUAUGUAGCAACAUGUUUACAUGAUGAUCACCAGGUGUGAAGCUCUGUCAUGCUUCAUAUUUACAGGAUUGACACUUCUUUUUUUAAAUAGGAUGAAGGAAAAACGACUGAAAUGCAACAGGAUGUGCUGUCGAAUCCAAAGAGUUCAAUGCUUUCUAAACGUUUAAGUGUGUGUUUGUACUCGCGGACCAUGUGCAAUGUGGGAACACGAUGUGACUGAGCUUCGCCCCCGGCCGUGCGACGGACAUGAAAAUCUGUAGCUCGGAGGAGUCGGACUACCGUGAAAACACGAAACUCCUCUCGGAGGUUUCACCAACGCUGUGGGAAAGCGCCAACAGGAGUUUGUUUAGGUGGAAGUUGUGCUUGAAUGGUAAUCUGACGAUGGGAACUGGACAUGUAUGUURGAGAAAAACAAAGCAGAAAUGUGCUGAAACAUGCGAAAUGACCAAAAGUUACACCAAAAAUCUGUCUUGUUAAUGUUUUUUUUUACACAUUUAUUUUCUCUCCUGAACGUUCAUACCUGUUUUGUGUUUUUAAUGAAGGAAGUCACACAAAGGUCAAACAUGCUCAACUUAAAGUGCCUUACAGAGCUUUAUAAGUUGAAGAAACCAGCCUACACUCUAUAAAUGUAUAUCGUUUUCUAAUGUUAUUCCUAAUAUAAAGUUCUUUGCAGUAGAUAUGUGAACACAAAGUGAUAUUACCGUAUUUUUUCCUCAUUAUUUCCCAGAGUUUAAUCCUCAGGCUGUUCAGGCUCAGAUUAUUUGUWCACCUAGUAUCACUUGAAUGUAAAAAUGUUUAACUUGUUAUUUUUGUCUUUAGGUAAUUAAGGGAACACAAGUAUUAACCUCAUCUGUAAACUGAAGUGACAAUGCAAAUCUCAAUUUAUUUUCAUGUUUUUUUUCACUAACUUUUGUAAGAUUUCGAAUAAAAAUAUAUUUCACAAUUUUUGUAACCAGCAGUCAAUAUACUUUACAGGAAACCUUAAAUGUCUUAUUUUGUUUCAAAGACGCCUCCGUUUACAUUUUAUAUUAAAAGCUUAUCAACAUUAGGACCAAACUUGGUCCAAAAAUAAAGGAA